AUGUUUGCAGACAAAGAUGCAAUUGGAAGUGAAUUUAAAAAGAUUUUGGGGAGUGACGUUGAGAUUUCGACGGGUUUGGCAUCAAUCAAAACGUUGUACAAUAUUUUGAAUAGGAGCACAGCUACGACAGCAAAAGAACUCAGCGAAGAGCUUAGGGCAGCUGCUGAGGCCCUGGAGGAAACAGAUUAUUCUAGCACUUCAAUUCGCUCAGCAUGUGAACUAUUUACGAGGUUCAUAUCCUUGGCGCCUGCUGACUUGUUGGAUGAUAAGGACUUUACCACUGUUUUAAAUUUCUAUAGGAGCAGAGGUGAUUUGUUUAUUGAAAGAAUUGCAAAGUCCAGAACUUUGAUAUCUGAUUGUUGCAGACCUUUCUUCAAAAACAAUUCAAAUAUUCUUACACAUUCUUACAGUAAAGUUGUCUUGAAAACUUUAUUGGAUGCUCGUGAAGCAGGAAUUUGGUUUCAUGUAUAUGUAACGGAAUCGCAGCCUGAUUCAUCGGGAAGAAAAAUGUUAUUGGCUUUGCGUGAAAAAGGAAUCCACUCAACAUUAGUGCUUGACGCUGCUGUGGGAUAUGUAAUGGAAAGAAUGGAUAUGUGUUUUCUUGGUGCCGAGGGUGUGAUGGAAACUGGGGGAAUCAUUAACAAAAUUGGUACGCUAAAUCUGGCAGUAUGUGCAAAAUACAUGAAUAAGCCCGUAUAUGUGAUGGCAGAAAGUAUCAAAUUUGUGAAAGAAUAUCCUCUCAAUCAAGCUGAUAUUCCCGCAGACUUUAAGUAUUCGAGCACAGCCAUUAAAUCAAAAGACCUGCAAGCGGAGCAUCCUCAGGUUGACUAUACGCCACCACAGUUUAUUACGCUUAUUUUUACGGAUCUUGGAAUUAUGACACCUGCGGCCGUUGGCGAAGAGUUGAUUAAAUUAUAUACA